AUGACUAAAAAGUUAACUCCACAAGAAAAGAAAAAUCGAAAGCCGGCAGUGAGGGCGUGUGUGUUCUGCCAUCAAAAACAUCUACAGUGUUCAAACGAACGACCUUGCAAGAAUUGUGUGAAAAGAAAUAUUGCUCAUGGGUGUCAAGAUAUUGUACGAAAACGAGUGAAAUAUCUAACUGGUGAAAGUGUGCCAGGAGCAGUUUCGAAUAAACAGUCCACACCAAGAAAGAAACUAAAAACUGGUCCAGUGUCAACAUCAGUGUCCCCAAUGGAUUCCGUCAAGUCAGAAUUGACAACUCCGGUGGAGUCUUCAAAUCAUUUCCCACCACCUAUGUCGUCUUCUGUGGAUGCGUUGCCUACAACACAACAUAGUGCGAUUGAGAUUCCGCCAAAUGACCAACCAAUCAGUGACAUACUUGAAGUCCCCCCAUUAUUCGAUAGCUCACAUAUGAUUAGCAGUGAAGCACCGGAAACCAACAUUACUUUGACGACACAAAACUUGAUCACACCUGAUCCACUACUGUUUCAUACAAACACCGUUUCAAAUACUACAACCGACGUUUUGAAUAAGCUUUUGAAUGAUAACUACGAAACCGAAUCUAUGUUGAGUGCUAACAACAGCAAUGGCGACCACUUGCUAGGGAUGGCACACACACUGUCUGGCCAUCUUUCCAACGGACAACAAUUUCAAUCAAAUUAUUUGAACGAAGAAUAUAUGAUGUUGGGAGAUAUCAUUUUGCAAUCGAAACAAGCUAGCCCGUCGCCAUCAAACACGAGCACUUCUGAGAACAACACCAACACCUUGUCACCUUCAAGUUUUGGAUACAUACUGAACAUCAACUUUGAGGACUUUAAUCAACCGAAAAGAAAGGUGGUACAGAAACUAAAGGAUUCAAGACCGUUUAUAUCUUUAGGAUUUACUGCAGAUUUGGCUCCCCAUGAUAAUAACAACAACACCGAUUACUAUGACGACAAAAUGACCAACAAUAUAACAGGAAAGACUGAAGAGGGACCAGGGAACCCAAUUAUCAACUACAACACCAAGUUCACAACAGAUUACGUUCCACCAUCUAUUACAAACAAUCUAUACAAGACAGCAAGUGAUCUCUACAGCAAGGAACUUAAGAAUUUUUAUUACCCUUUAAGUUAUCACGCACUUACCAAGUUGCUCAAAGUGAUAUUUGGUGGGAAUGAUCUAUCGCCAGAGGAGAAACAAGAAAAACGAUCUAAACUAUUAAUUAUUUUGAAAUUGAUAGCCAGUUACCGUCCCACAUUUAUUGCCGCUCACCGUGACUUGAUCCAAGAGGAUCUUCUCAUGCUAGAGAUGACGUUACAACGGUCUCUUUUGGACUACAAGAAAUUGGCAGAAUUGAACUCAUCACCAACCAUCAUGUGGAGGAGGACGGGAGAAAUCAUUAGUAUUACUGAAGACAUGGCACUUCUUUUGGAGCACCUGCUGUUUGAUUUGCUAAAGGAAAGAAGAUUUAUUUUUGAAUUAAUGGACGACAAUAGUAUUGUCGAUUAUUUCAAUCUUUUUGCUAAUAUUGCUGUGGGUAAUUUGAAGUCAGUAAUUCAAACAGCAAUUCAAAUGAAAACCAAAAGCAGUAACCUAAUUAAAUUCACCUGUGUUUUCACCAUCAAACGAGAUAUUUUUGACAUUCCCAUGAUUGUUAUUGGCCAAUUCUUGCCAAUUGUAUAA